AUGAAUUUCCUUAAUAUUGUAAUUGUUCCAAUUAUUUCAUUUUUAUUAAUACUUAAUCAAUGCAAAUUUCUAACAGCAGCUUCAGCAAAACCAACAACGACGGCUAUGAUAGAAAAUACGAAAACUAUAAGAGUACAGGCUACACUAUUACUGGAUAUAGAAGAACUCGAUAGGAUCCAUAAAUCAUUGAAUGCGCAUCGAUUUCUCGAAAAAGACUGCAAGGUACCUUCUCCGAGUGACUCAUAUUCAGAAGAACAAAUAUGUGAACAAGAAGAUUUAGUAACCAAUAACAAGUAUUGUCUUUUAUUGGGAUUUGUUGACACUAUCUCAGAUACUUUAAAGCCGAAGAUUAUAUAUACUCAUAUUUUACCUUAUACUACAGGAGUUGCAGAACAAAAUUAUGAUAAAAAAGAAUUAAAGAAGUUAUUUAAAAAUUGUGAGAAUAGUCAAGAUUACAUCAAACCCUUAGAAAAAAUGACAGUGAAUGAAUUAAUUGAAGUCUAUUACGACUUGCGAGAUAAUAGGAGUCAUACCAUCAGUUCCAAAGUUCAAAGUGCUUAUACUUACUUACUGAACUACUUGGUGACAUCAAUACACAGAUUGACUGGCUAUAUUACUUUAAAGUACUUUUCAUUUCUAUUUUGGAAUUCAUUUUUCUAGAUCAUUUAUUUUCAUACAUACAUAAAACAUAUAUACAUAUAUUGAUAUAUGUGUAUAUGUCUUAAUAAGCAAUUCUUUUGAAAUACUUUUCAUAAAGAC